AUUAAUUAUUCAUAUUUUCAGGUACUUUGUUUGGGCCUUAGGCCCAACUUUUGCAAUCGUUUAUACGACGUCGUUAGUGUUUCGUUAUUAUAAAUACAAGAGCAUUUUUUUCUCAAAUUAUCAAUUUCAAACUCACUUUUCAGUUAAUUCGUUGCUGCUGACGUCACACGGCGAUGGUUUUCCUCUCUGAAACUUCCGACGACGGAUCUAAUGGCGGCGAUCCAACCAAGAAUCUGCAAGAAGAUAAUCAAAACGAGAAUCCUCAAGAAGUAGAAGAGCUACAUAACGAGAAUCCUCCGAUUCCUCAAGAAGAAGAAGAGAUACAUAACGACAAUCCUCAAGAAGUACUAGAAGAGAAUCUUCCGAUUCCUCAAGAACUCCCAAUAGAUAUCAUCGUGAGCAUCGUCGCUCUUAUCCCAAGAUGUCAUUACCCGUCGCUAUCUCUCGUCUCCAGAGCCUUUCGUCAAGUAAUCACUUCGCAUGAACUCUACCUAACGCGCUCGAACCUCGGCUUCACCGAACCGGUUCUUUAUGCGUUCAUCGGAUUCCCACCGUAUAUUCCUCCAAGCUGGUUCUUUCUUCGUCGGAGCAACUUAGGAUUCCCAUUACAAUUACGCAUAAUCCGUUCACUUCCUCCAAUGUUUCCUGCAGCUGCUGUGGUCACCAUCGGAUACAAGAUCUACUUAAUGGGUGGUUAUAAUUCCCUCGUCGAAUAUCGACCCGUAUCGACUGUGGUUGUCAUCGAUUGCAGAUUCCAUACGUGGGGCUAUCUCCAGAAUAUGCGAAGGGCUCGUUACCAUGCAGCAGCCGGAGUAUUUGACGGAAACAUUUACGUAAUCGGAGGCUGCAAGAAAAGAGAUGAUGAUUGGGUCGAAGUGUUCAAUGUGACGACUGAGACUUGGGCAACUGUGCCUAGUCAAUGCCCUGAAGAUGCUAGUGAGAAUGGAGAGUUUAUUACAUAUGUGGUGAUGCAGGGGAGGAUUUUCACUUUGGAGCUUGGGGGUUGUUUGGCUUACGAACCAGUACAAGGUUUAUGGCAGUCAUGGGGAGUAUUAAGUGAGUUGAUGAGAUUUUGGCACCCGUCGUCGUCUUGUGUGGUUGGAGAUUUGUUGUAUGCACUUGAUCUUACGUGUUCUCGUGGACAUCCGAUAGUGGUAUAUUAUCCGAAUGAAUUGGUUUGGAGACCUGUGCAGGGUGUAUAUUCUUAUAAUUUGCCUAUUCUGAGUUAUAAUUGGUCUAAGAUGGCGAAUUUUGGUGGGAAGUUGGUGAUUUUGAGUGGUGGCUAUUCUUUGUGGUUUAAAGAUAUUUGGUGCAUAGAGAUUGCGUUGGAAAUACGUCAAGGAAAUCAGAUUUGGGGGGUGGUUGAAUCAAUCUCGCUUGUGUUUAGAGACGUGAUGAUGGCGCCUUCCAUUGAGCUUUGUCGAACUGUUACUUUUUGAUGAUUCGAUCGUGGCGGGUGGUUUAUGUGGUGAAGGAUCUUUUAUUACAUCUACUGUUUUAGGAGCUUGUUGAUAUCAGAGCAACUAUGGAGGAAAAGAUGUUCAGAAGCUGUUAUAUCUGACACCUUAAAGAGUAACUCGUCUUUCUUUACCUUUGUGCACAAUAGGCCGUUCUUGUUUUAGCCUUGAGUAUAGUUCUUAAGCUAGUGUAAAAUAGGCCAUUCUUGUUUUAGCUAUAUAUACUCUGUUUUUUUGU